AGCGAAUUGCAUCGAGGGAUAAAACGUUCCCUCUUCUUUCUGGCAGAUCCUAACUCACCAUUUAACCCUAUGGAUAUCACAGCAGAACACACAAGACGCAGGAAGCGACGAGAAUUAACCCCGGAACAGAAGCAAGAGAUUGUGGAGGCCUUCGAUUUGUUCGACACGGACAGGAACCAUCUGAUCAGCUACUAUGAAUUUAAGGUGUCAUCUAAACUACUCACGAGUAGUUAAACAAUACCCCAAAAUUCAGGUUGCCCUGCGUGCCCUCGGGUUUGAAUUGAAAAAGUCGGAGGUCCUACAGAUCCUCGAGGAAUACAACAUCAAAGAGGAUGGCGGUGGGCUGUCGUUUGAGGAUUUUAAUGAAAUAGUCACCGAUAUGAUUCUUGAUCGGGACCCUACCACGGAGAUUAUUCGCGCCUUCAAAUUGUUUGACGAUGAUGACUCUGGACGAAUUACCUAUCGUAAUUUGAAGAAAGUUGCCAAGGAACUUGGAGAAAAUCUCACGGAUCAGGAACUUCGAGCCAUGAUUGAGGAGUUUGACCGAGAUGGUGAUGGAGCAAUCAACUUGGAAGAAUUCAUCGCUCUGAUGACCAAAGACAUAUGAUUUCGCCCAACUCAGACAACACUCGCCUCUUUGGCGACCACAUGUGAUCCUCCUGUGACCGAGAUCCCGUACCUCUCCGUCACGAACGGCCUAUCCUCAACUCGGUUGCUCGGAUACGCAGUCUUUUGUUGUUGAAUCCUUCCUCUGUUCAUUUUCAACACACCAGUCGUUACCUCAACACUGACACAAUGUAUACUUUGUUUUUCGGGAGGCUGAGGCUUGGAAUUCCUCUAGGGGUUUUGGUGUCGGUAUUGUUGACUGUGGAAACUGGUGGCUGCUUGAGGCCAAAAUAAAAUAUCUUUGCGUG